AUGCUCUUUCUUGUGGUCACGGGCACAUGGGAUGGAGGGAUCAGGGAGUUGCUGACAUCAUCCGGAUGCCCCAAAGAGAAAGAUUUGGCUGCCAACAAAGAAGUUUACCCUCAGAAACCCUAUGGAGAUGGCAUGAUGCCAGGCACUCCAAUUCACUCCAAACCCUAUUCUUGCACUGACAUGUCAGAUCUUUUCUUCUGGAUUUCCCCCAAAGGCUUCUCGCUGGCUCUGGCUCUCUGUGACUGGCCUCAAAAGACCCAUCACCAUGGCCUGAAGAAGAGGGGCCGACUUCAUGACAUUCAGGACAUCCUGAGUGAAGACUCUAGCAAUAAAAGAGUACAUCCACACUCGACUCUUCCCAAGAAUGACACUGAGUUCUGGAACAGACCUCGCUGUGGAGUCCCAGACUACCCCUCACAGAAGGAAGGGUACUCAACCCUUAAUUACUCAACCCUCAAAGGAGGUUUGCUUGAGGGCCGUCAUCGCCGAAAACGCUUUGAUUUGUUCGGAGGCCGCUGGGACAAAACAGACCUCACAUACAAGAUCAUGCGGACGCCUUGGCAAAUGAGUUUAGAGAAAGUCAGACAUGUGCUGAGAGAGGCACUGUGGGUCUGGAGUGACGUCACCCCUCUCACCUUUACUGAGGUCACCAGUGGCCGGGCGGAUAUCUUGAUUGACUUUAACAGGUACUGGCAUGGAGACAAUCUUCCUUUUGAUGGCCCAGGAGGAAUUCUGGCUCAUGCCUUCUUUCCCCGAACCUACCGAGAGGGAGACAUUCACUUUGACUACGAUGAGACUUGGACAGUGGGCAACAGUAUGGGUACUGACCUCCUCCAGGUGGCUGCUCAUGAGAUCGGUCAUGUUUUAGGAUUGCAGCACUCCAUGGCACCAGGCGCAGUGAUGUCGCCUUUCUACACUUUCUCCUACCCACUCCAACUGAGUGAAGAUGAUAAGCGAGGUAUACAGUCUUUGUAUGGAUCCAGACACGCGGAUGAUAAAGUAAAGACGGAGGAGAGAACUCCCGAGGUCACAGAAACUAAUGAGAUUGAAAGCACGGUGCCUGAUGCUUGCCAAACUGACUUUGAUGCUGUAUCUAUGAUCCGAGGUGAGCUGUUUUUCUUUAAGUCGGGUUAUGUAUGGCGGAUCCGUGAUGGUAAACUCCAGACUGGAUAUCCUGCAUUGGCAUCCAGGCACUGGAGAGGAAUCCCAGGUGACAUUGAUGCUGCUUUUGAGGACAAAUCUGGAAAUAUCUGGUUCUUCCAAGGCCAGAGUUACUGGGUUUUUGAUGCAGAGCGGCAGAUCACAGGGCCGGACUCUGUACGACGACUAGGUCUAACAGUGACUGACAUUCAGGCCGCCCUCAUGUGGGGAGAAGAUAAGGCCCAGAAGAUCUUCUUCUUCAAAAAAGGAAGCUACUGGCGAUUCAACCUGAAGGAAAACCGCGUUGACUCAGUCCACCCUCGUAGCAUGAGGGACUGGAGGGGCAUACCGGAUGACAUUGACGCUGCUUUCCAGGACCGAUUCGGCUUUGCCCACUUCUUGAGAGGGAAGCAGUACUGGAAGUUCGACCCAGUAGAAGUGAGGGUGCUGGAGGGAUACCCACGAUAUAUUGGCAUGGAUUUCUUUGAUUGUUCUGCAGCCCUGUAUCGAUGAAUCACUGGUACAACUAGAUGUAAUUUAGCCCAAAUGUAAUGCUGAUCUUUGUCACGCACCUAGUGCAACAGGCAGUUUCCACAUGUUUAACUUUGAACCAAUCUAGGCCUAGUAUUUUUAUUUAUAUCACGCAAAGUGUCAGAUGUACAGUCUCUAAAUCUGACCACUGGAUCAAACUUUUUUUUGUGUGAAUUCAAGCAGAUACUGUUUAUCUACUCAGUCUGUGACUCAAGAUGCUACAUCUGCGCCAAUUAAUCUCAUCUGCAAAACAAUGACUCUCAUUACUCAGGAAAAGCAGGAAAUUCUGGCUAAAAUAUUUUUCGUAUAUAUUUUAUGUACUUGGUUAUUUAUUAUUUGUAUAUUUUUGGCAGUAUUGAUAGUGUUAGGAAAACAUAACGGCCAUUCUUUUUGAGAAAUACCAUAUUGUGCCAUUAGUGACGUGCUGUUGAUUACCACAGAAGACAAUUUUGUUCUUAAAAAAACGAGCAAAGAUUGCAUUAAACCUAAUGCACUUACAGUGGAAAUCUAUAAGGCAAGUAAUUUAAAACAGAAAUCUUACUGAAGCGAAUACUAAUAACAUUUAGUACAAAAACUUGAGGUAAACAUGUACAUCAAAUAUUAAAGCAUCCUAAAAACCAACUGUGUAGUUCUCAGAGCAACAAUAAUGUAACUAUUUUUUACUGAACUUUGUAGAGAUAGCUGAACAUUUCGUAUUUUGUUUGAAGCUUUGAAGGGCCUGAACUUUAGAGUGUAGAACCAUGAUGCUGUACUUUCAGUAUUUUUAAUGAGAAAUGGCAAUUUGAUGUGACACAAGUGACCUUUGGGAAUAGCUGUCAAUGUGAACGUCCAUUUAUGCUUAACUUAAGUCUGUAAGAGACUUAUGAAGACCUGUUUUUCAAUAGUGAUAAUGUAUAUUUUACAGUGCAGGUCACUGAUGCUGUUCAUGUGUAUCUAAUGAAACAUUUUGCAUGAUAAUGAUGGCUUUUGUUCUAGGGAAACUGUACACUUCUCAUUCACUGCUAUUAUAAUGUUUGUCAUGUAAUUGAUUCUUUCUAUUGUUAUUGUUU